AUGGCGUCGAAACGUCCGUUUUGCGAUGCAGACUUUUUGUGUCCAGUUUGUCACGAUUUUUUCAAUCAUCCAGUGGUGCUUCCGUGCGGCCACAGUGGCUGCAAAGACUGUAUUGAGCAGUACUGGAGAGUCAGUGUCUCGAGACAGUGUCCACUAUGCAGACAAAUAUCUGCUAACAACCCUUCCCUUAACUUGGCUCUGAGAAACCUGUGUCAAGCAUUCCUGGAUCACAGGCGCUAUCUAGAGGAGCUGUGUGAAGUUCACCACGAGGAACGGACUCUGGUGUGUUGUGAUGAUGAGCAGUUACUGUGUGAGAUUUGUAGAGAAUGUGAAGAGCACAGAAACCACACAUACCGUCCUGUCCAAGAGAUCGCCGAGGAACACAAGGGAGUUCUGCGGGGUAAACUUGAUCUCUUGAAGACAAAGAUGCUUCGCAUGAUAGGAGCCAAGUCUGAGUGUUAUUUUACAGAACUGAAGAUAUAUGAAGUGGAAAGCGUUUUGGAACGUCAGAUCAAGGUUUUAUUUAAGCCUCUUCACCAGCUUUUGGAUGAUGAAGAAAAUGCCAUGCUUAAUGAACUAAAACUGGAAAAGGAGAAAAAACUGGAAAGUGUGAAAGAUAAAAAAGAGAAGAUCGAUGAAGAAAUCGGCAAGCUCACAACCACUAUUAAAGACUUGGAAAGGGAGUUAAAUAGUGGGAACAUCAAAAUAAUUCAGUGGUGGAAACAAGCUUCCAUAGUUUCUCCUCUAACUAUCGAUGAAAAUUUCAAAUCGAUCAAAUCAUGUCUCGCCGCUGAAUGUUUUCCCAGAGCCCAGUGUGAAUUCCAGGAUCCAGAGAUGACUCCAGGAGAUCUUAUUGACAUUGCCAAGUAUGUAGGCAACUUUAAUCUCAAUGUUUGGAGGAAAGUCAGACGAUCUAUCCGUUACAGUCCUGUGGUUCUGGACCCUAACACAGCCCACUCUGACCUCACAGUAUCUCCUGAUCUGAUGAACGUGUGGUGUCAAUACGAGAUAAAUUAUGAUUAUGACCAGAUUCCCAAUAACCUGGAGAGAUUUGAUCAUUGUCCCUGUGUGCUGGGCUCUGUGGGCUUUUCCACAGGGACACACACAUGGGACGUUGAAGUGGAGGACAACACGUCCUGGAUGGUAGGUGUCGCCACAGAGUCUGUCCAAAGAAAAGGAACCAACGCCUUGCCCAGUGGAGUCUGGUGUAUCGGACAUGAAGGGGAAAAUCUUAGUGUCACGGAUCCUCUGGAGUCGCACGUCCCACUACUUGGAUUUGAGAAACCUGCGAUAGUGAGGGUGAAACUGGACAUGAGUGCAGGACAGCUGUCAUUCUCAGAUCGCCUCUGUGAGACUGUCUAUCACACCUUCACACACAAUUUCACUGAGAUGGUCUUCCCAUUCUUCUACACAGAGGGCCAUUUCCCUCUCACUAUUUUGCCUGAGGCCAAACCUGAAGAGAUCUGAAGAGAAGAACGUUGGCUGUCAGAUAAAGUGUUCUUGAUUUCCUUACUUUACAUUGUUGCGUGUUACUGUUAUUGAUAUGGUCUCUUUAGUUUGUAAUUACUUUGAGGAAUGUUCAAGGAUAAUGUGGAUUAAGGGUUAAUGUUACUGGUAUAGUCUAAAAAAAUUCCUGCAAUCUCAAUUGUAUGUUGAGAACAAACAUACGAGCUUGCAAGUGGAACUAAAAUGCAGAA